AUGCUAGUGAACCACAUGUGGCGAGUGCACGACGCCCGCGCGGCGGUGCCGCUGGAACGUCGCGUGCGGCACUACCCGUGCGUCGCAUGCCCUAAGCUGUACCGCGCCGCCAGCAAGCGCGACGAGCACGUGCGACGACAUCAUCCCGGCGUGGAACUGGUGAAGGGCAGUUCAAUAGAUACGGGAACUAGAAGCUGUGAACCUGCAGCAUGUCCAUUAUGUCCCCGUCAGUACGUCACACGAGCUAAGAUGUUGCAACACAUGCGGGCUGCGCAUCCGGACCGGGCACCUCCAAAACAAUCUCGUUUAAAUAACGACUUAAUAACUGGUUAG